CUGGUCAUUAGCAUUAAGUGAACACAACAUCAAGAGCUAGCUAGUUAAUUAGCCAGCAUCAAGAUCUAGUUAGCACUGAGUGAAGAUCAAGAGGCAUGUUGAUGUUCAUGGAGAAAUGGGCGGGGUUGGGCAGCAUCCUCCUCCUAUUGUCGGUGGUGAAGAACCACAUCCCUGAAACCCUCCGCCUCUACCUCACUGCAUGUGCCACCAAGCUCACCACCUACUUCAGCCCUUACAUUACCAUCACCAUCCCCGAGUACUGCGCCGAGCGCUUCAAGCGUGGCGAAUUCUUCCUCGCCAUCGAGUCCUACCUCGGCCAUGCUUGUGCCCGCCGUGCGCACAAGCUCAAGGCCGAGCUUGCCAAGGACAGCAAGAACCUUCAGGUCUCCGUCGACGACCACGAGGAGGUCAUGGACGAAUUCAAAGGUGUCACUCUCUGGUGGUAUGCCUCCAAGCAACCAUCCAAGGCCAGCCUCAUCAGCUUCUACCCUGGCCAGGAAGACAAGCGCUUCUACCAGCUCGUCUUCCAUCGCCAACACCGCGACCUCAUCGUCGAUGAGUACCUCCCUUUCGUCCUCGCCGAGGGCCGUGCCGUCACCGUCAGGAACCGCCAGCGCCGCCUCUUCACCAACAACGCCAGCGGAAGCUGGAACUCCUACAGGCAGAAGAGCGUCUGGAGCCACGUCAAGUUUGAACACCCGGCGACCUUCGACACUCUCGCCAUGGACACCGACCACAAGGAGUCCAUCAUCAGCGACCUCAUGGCUUUUCAGGAGAGCAAGGAAUACUAUGCCAAGGUCGGCAAUGCGUGGAAGCGUGGGUACCUCCUCUAUGGCCCACCAGGCACCGGCAAGUCCACCAUGAUCGCCGCCAUGGCCAACUUCCUUGAUUAUGACAUCUACGACCUCGAGCUCACUGCCGUCAAGAACAACACCGAGCUAAGGAAGCUCUUCAUCGAGACCACCGGCAAGUCCAUCAUCGUCAUCGAGGACAUUGACUGCUCCAUCGACCUCACCGGGAAGCGCCUCAAGCGGGACAAGAAAGGCACCAAGGAGUCAGACGAUGACGAAAAACCCAAGUUGCCGACGGACCCGGAGAAGGAUGAAACUAGCAAGGUGACGCUCUCGGGGCUACUUAACUUCAUCGACGGGUUGUGGUCAGCAUGCGGCGGUGAACGGAUCAUCAUCUUCACGACCAACCACAAGGAGAAGUUGGACUCUGCGCUGAUCCGACGGGGCAGGAUGGACAAGCACAUCGAGAUGUCCUACUGUCGCUUCGAGGGCUUCAAGGUACUGGCGAAUAACUACUUAGACGUCGCUGAGCACGAGUUAUUCGGGGAGAUCCGACAGCUUCUCGAGGAAACAGACAUGUCGCCUGCUGAUGUUGCGGAGAACAUGAUGCCGAUGUCCGAGAAGAAGAAGAGAGACCCCAACGUGUGCUUGGCAGGCCUUGUCGAGGCGCUGAAGAAGGCAAAGGUGGCCAAGGCCAAGGAGGAAGAGGAAGCUGAAGCGAAGAAAGCAAAGGAGAAACAUGAGCAAGAGGAGGCUGAAGCGAAGAAAGCCAAAGAAGAGACCUGAGGAGGAAGGGGUGAAGGAUGCCAAGGAGAAGGACGCCGUUACCAUUUAACCUAGGAAGUAUCUUUUCUGUUUUCAGUAAGUUGUCACGUCCGAUUCGUGACUUAAGUGUGAUAUAUAGGAAGCUGCCAACCUGUUUGGCAUGCGUUAGAUCGAGUCUACCUAGCUACUUUGCAUGUG